AUGAUGAACCAGCUGCCGUCCUUCCUGCAGCCUGCCGUCCGGAAGCCGCGAUAUUCGAUCCGACCAUUUUACACCACAUUGUUGGUGUUUACAGUCAUUGCAACAGCGAGUUGGUUCCUAACUGGUACUACAAAUGAACAUGGGCGGUUUGCGCAACCGGGCACAGGGCCGCAUAUAGACCUGCUCAAACGAGAGAGCGAACUAGAGUGCCGCUUGGUCCGCAACGUCAAAAAUCAGUGUGCAUAUGUCCGCGCCAACUGCCCCGACCACGAGGACGGCCUAAUCUCCUAUCUUCAAUUCUACUAUUGCGGGCUGGCCGAUGCAAAACCGGUAGCAUUCGUGAUAUUGAUCCUCUGGUUAUCACUACUAUUCAGUACCAUCGGCAUCGCGGCAAGCGAUUUCCUGUGUAUUGAUCUCAGUACAUUGGCUAGCAUUCUAGGAUUGAGCGAGAGUCUCACAGGGGUGACAUUCCUUGCAUUUGGCAAUGGAAGUCCUGACGUUUUCUCCACUUUUGCCGCCAUGCGGUCGAAUAGUGGGAGCUUGGCCAUUGGUGAGUUGAUGGGCGCGGCGACUUUUAUCACGUCUGUUGUCGCGGGCUCCAUGGCAUUGGUCCGGCCAUUCAAGGUCGCGCGAAGAAGUUUUGUCCGAGACGUUGGUUACUUUGUAGUGGCCGUCGUUUUCAGUAUGUUUUUGUUGGCCGAUGGGAGACUUCAUGUAUGGGAGUCAGCUACGAUGGUAGGCUUGUACGCCUUCUAUGUCGUAAUGGUGGUCACCUGGCACUGGUACAUGGUACGGCGACGCCGAAAGGAUGAGAGAGACCUCGCGGCUCGAGCUCACUUUCAUAUACCGGAGAAUCAAGAGCUGGACAUCGAAGAGGCCGCCGAGGACGAUGAUCCAGGUGUAGCGUCGGAGUCACGAAGUCUGCUCCGUGGAGCCUCAACUGAAGAUUUUGAUCUUUUGGAACGCGCCGAGGCCGUUCCUCUAUGGAAAGAAGAGGAUGACGAGGACGACGAGGCGCGCAAUCGGUACUUGGCCGAGAUCCGUGAUAACAUGCACGUCUAUCGACCUGUGCAAUCGAGGCGCAAUACGAUGAACCCCAUUCGGCCAAGUCUUGUUGGUGCAUUGGAGUUUCAAUCUGUUCUUCACUCGCUGCAGAAAUCAAGGAACACCCAUCGCAAUCCGACAAUAAGCCUAAACAGUUAUUCAGACGAUGGCGAGGCCGAUUUUGACACGCGCUCGGUGGCAUCGCAUCCUCGCGCUAGUCGACCAUCCGCUACUAACGACCGCCUAUCGCCGUCCAGUGCAGCAGGUUCCUCCCGAGUGCGAGCUGUCUCGGCGAACGAUGCCGUGGGUUUGAAAUUUGACUCCAGUGUUUUGGAGCCCCGGCCAACACAAGGCCCACUGCUUACAGUGAGCAGACCUUCUUUUGAGGAUACUUCAGGACAAGAAGCCAUGCAGUCUCGCCAGCUACCUCGAAUUGAUACCGGGACGGCGUUGGAGGUAUCUCCUCCGAAUCGGUCGCCGAGUCUGAGCCCAGUUACCACAGGUCCUCAAACUCGUCCACAAACCCCUGACCGGCUCGCUCCAUCAGACGCUUUCCACUCCCCCAAUUACAAUGACGGAGGGGUUGGCGAACGGUCCCCUAUGUCAGUAUCUCCUAGGGGCACUACAAUUCGCCGUCAUUCGGGCUUCGGGUUAGAAAGUCCUUCGGUGCCAUUCCCAUCGUAUACUGAUUUACCCUCCGUGGCAUCAUCACGACCGCCCAGCAUUCGACUUCCAAAUUCAUCCAGUCAAUUAGAACGGCUGCAAGUCCACGACGGGUAUGAUGAUUUCGCUCAUCAGAUUGGUUGCACGCUCUUCCCGACCCUGGCGGGAUGGAAGUCUAAAGGUGUCUGGGAACGACUGCUCGGUAUUGUCGCAGCUCCCAGUGUGCUGCUUCUUACUAUAACCGUCCCAGUCGUUGAGCCAGAGGCACCAGAACCUGUGGAAGCAGACCCCAUACCGUCGUUGAUUGUUCAGGAUGUCGGCGAUGGAGAUAAUCCCUCCCCAAGGGUUCGACUUCCAGCAGAUAGUCCAGUGAUUAUGGCUCAGGGACAUGACUAUGCCGGGCCAGCUUCUAAUGCGCCGCCAACGCACCCUCAUCGAAAGUCCUCGUAUGAACACACUGGUCGCCCGCGAUGGGACUCGGAACUCCCGGCAGUGCCGAUGCCAGGUUCAGCUCCUGCGCAUCCUGCGCCAACAAAGGACUGUAAUCGCUGGCUGGUUUCCAUCCAGCUUUUCACAGGCCCGUUCUUCGCCGUGCUCAUCGCCUGGACGACCAUGGACGAGGACCGUCAACCACACAACCUCAUUCUUCCCUCCCUCGUCUCCCUCUUAUUCUCAUCCAUCUGUCUCACAGCCCUGCUAGUAAGCACCCGUCAUCAACGAAAGCACCGACGUCCCAGUGCAGGUCUUUCCCUCCCGCUCCUUCCCGACGAAUCCCGACCUCACACCUACACCCUCCCACCGCAAUGGCGGCCCUUCCUCUCCCUACUUGGCUUUUUCGUCGCCAUAUCCUGGAUCGCGACGAUCGCUACAGAAGUUGUCUCUCUUCUCAAAACUAUCGGCGUUAUCCUUAACAUCUCCGAUUCCCUACUCGGAUUGACCAUCUUCGCCGUUGGAAACUCGCUAGGCGAUCUCGUCGCUGACAUCACUGUUGCCCGACUCGGGUAUCCGGUCAUGGCUCUGAGUGCCUGUUUCGGUGGUCCCAUGCUGAAUAUCCUCCUCGGUAUCGGGCUUGGUGGUCUGUAUAUGACCCUCAAUGGCAGAAACCAGAGACACAAUGAGGCAUCGCAGGAUGUUGACCCUGUGCAAGUGCCCUAUGAGAUCGUCAUCUCCAAGGUGCUUGUUAUCAGCGGCGCGACGCUUUUGGUUAUCCUAGUUGGGCUUUUGAUUGUUGUCCCUAUGAACAAUUGGAGAAUGGAUCGCAGGAUUGGUUGGGGUCUUAUCGCUGUUUGGUGUGUGGGUACCCUGGGAAAUGUGAUUGCAGAAGUUGUCUUGUGA